AUGACAGAAUGUAGAUCUAACUGUCUCAAAGCUCCUAGAAAGAAAUUUUAUCAGGAUCGAAGGCCGAAUAGUUCUAGCGCUUGUCCACGCAGACAAAUUCCUAAAAGCUUUUGUCAAUUGAAAGAUGUAAUAAAGACGGAAGAUUGUGAUGACGUUUGCGCAUACAAUCCGACCACGGUUUCAGACAAGACAGCCUGUUAUCUAACAACAGCUUACAAUAACGAUUACCAACUAGAGAAAUAUCCUCUAAAGCCGGGACUAAAACAAGGACACUGGAUUUGUGAGGAAGAUAAAAUGCUCUUGGACAUAGUAAACAGAUUUGGCCCACAUAACUGGGAAAAAAACUCUAUUUACCAUCCUACUCGAAACGGCAGACAGAUGAGAGAACGAUGGCUAUCUCACUUACAAGGAGUCAACAAAGACCCGUUCACGGAAAAAGAGGUUGCCAUUGUUUACUACAUGCGUUGUAUAGAGCAAAAAGGAUGGGCAGAUAUCGCAAAAAGACUUGAUAAUAGACGCACCCCAAACUCGUGUAAAAACGUUUAUCACAAUGUCGUGGCCAAGAAUCUUAGAAGUCGUCCAAAAUCUGCUAGCAAAUAUGAAACUAUAUAUCAUGCAAUAACGACAGUGCCGUCAGCUAAGGAAAAGAUGGCUAUAGAGUUUUUCAUAAUGAUGAAUAACGGACAAGUCGGAUAUUACCCCGUCUGA